UAACAUAUAGUAAACCGCAUUGGCACUGGGUCCGCUUGUGAUCAAUAUGUCCACGUGACCUCUCGUUAGUCAGUCGCGACUCGCGUAAUUGCAAAUGCAAAAUGUCUGAAGGAACGCUUGUGUUAAAAAUGAAGUCAUAAUAUUUUGUUAACAGUUUGUAGUGUUCUAGUGUAAAAUGCCUGCGUCAAUUGGUGUUAAUUUACGUGUGACGGGCCAUUGUAGCCAAGGCGGGAGAAAGUAUAUGGAAGAUUUGUUUUCUGUUGCUUAUCAACAAACCGAGGACGAGAGAGAUUUGGAGUAUGCCUUCUUUGGAAUUUACGAUGGGCACGGCGGGAGCGAGGCCGCAGCUUUCGCGAAGGAGCACUUGAUGGACUCUAUUGUGAAGCAGCGUCAGUUCUGGUCGGACAACGACGAGGACGUGCUGAAAGCUAUCAGGAAUGGUUACAUGUUGACCCACUUGAACAUGUGGAAAGAGCUAGAGAAAUGGCCAAAGACUGUAACAGGAUUACCGAGCACUGCCGGCACUACGGCCAGCGUAGCUUUUAUAAGGCGAGGGAAAAUAUACAUUGGCCAUGUCGGGGAUUCUGCAAUUGUACUUGGUUACCAGAAAGAAGGGAGCGAGGAAUGGGGUGCGAAGCCCUUAACAUCAGACCACAAACCCGAAUCCAGCGCGGAAAUGGACCGCAUCCAAAGAUGCGGUGGCAAAGUGGUCUCCAAAGCAGGAGUUCCAAGAGUUGUAUGGAAUAGGCCCCGCCAAGGGCACAAAGGACCUAUCAAGAAGAAUACCCCAAUGGAUGAGAUCCCAUUCCUGGCUGUGGCCAGGUCCUUGGGUGACCUAUGGAGUUAUAAUACACAGAAUGAUGAGUUCAUAGUCAGUCCGGACCCAGAUGUGGGAGUGCUGACUAUAGAUCCUACAAAAUUUAGGUGCUUAAUAUUCGGAACAGACGGUCUAUGGAACAUGAUAUCACCAGAGGGCGCUGUGAGCCUAGUGCAGGCGACGGAGAGACACAACGAGGCAGCACUCGUUGGCGGCUCUGCUAACCAGCCGAGAGACUGGCUGAACCCGUCCAAGAGCUUAGUUGACCAUGCUCUUGAGAGAUGGUCGAACACGCGCAUGCGCGCCGACAACACGUCCGUGGUGACGCUGAUGCUGGACCCGCCCGGGCCGCCGCGCGCCACCGUGCUGCGCGCGCGCUCCCGGCCCGCGGCGGCGCCCCUGCCCCAGCCGCCGCCCGGGGCGGAGCCCGAGCCCCGGCCCGUGCCGCAGAACGGCCUCACCAUCAUGACCCGAUACUCGGACGUCGACAGCAAUAAGCCUGCUACCCCUGAGACCACUGAAAGCAGCAGAACACCCCUACCUCCGUGUGCAACCCUCGACGGGCGUUUCUCAACCGGCAGCGACGAGCGCGGCGAGAAGCGCGAGCAGGACGGCGACGCGAUCGCCAACUACGGGAACCCGGCCGAGUCCUACUUCAUCGCUCGCCUUCUCCAGCGGGCCGGGCUGGUCAACACCCUGUCCUCGGUCACGAGGGAGCUGGCCGGCGAGAGGAGGGAGCCGCCCGAACCGGAGCCGACCACCGUGCUCCCGGAGCCCGAGGCGGAGAAGGCGCCGCCGCCCGACGUGCCCGCCGACCCCCCGGCGCCCGCGGCCGAGGAGCCCAAGGCCGACGGCGACGACGUCGGCAUACAGAUCAACGAGGUGUCCUCCAGCUCGCCCACGGAGGGCCCGCCGCGGCCGCGCGGCCGCCGCCCGAGGGCCGAGGCGAGGCGCGACGCGCCGCCGCCGCCGGCCCACGACCGCGUGCUGCGCUCGCACGACGCCGAGCCCGCGCCGCGCCCGCACACGCGGCAGGCCGGCGGCCGCGCCCGGCCCGCCGCGCCGCCCGCCGACCGCGUCGUCAUCCUCAGCCGCCGCGCGCCGCCCGCGCCCGCGCCGCCGCACCGCCCGCCCGCCGCGCCCGAGCCGCGCGCCACCCGCUCCGCCGCGCCCGCCCCCGCCCCCGCGCCGGGAAACUCGGCGCGCGCCCCGGCCCCGGCGCGGCGGGCCCCGGCGCGCCCCGCCCCGCCCCCGCGCGGCUGCUGCAAGGAGAACCGCGCCCGCCCCGCCCGCGCCGCGCCCGCCGCCCGCCGUGAGCCGCCCGACCCCGCGCCCGCGCCUCACGCCCCCGCCGCCGCCGACUGCCUGCGCGCGCGCGCGCUGCGCUCGCGCAACGACGCGGCCGAGCCGGCGUGCGCGGCGGGCAAGCGGCGCGCGGCGGCGGCGGACGGCGGCGCGGCCAAGGCGCCGCGGCUGGACGCGGGCCGCGCGCGCCUGGCGGCGGGCGAGCGCGUGGCGCGCGCGCUCACCAAGCGCGCCUCGGGCCCGUGGGCGCCGGCGCUGGCGCUGCGCAACCGCCUGCGCCGGCGGCUCGCCAAGUGACCAGUGUAGUGUCAUCACCUGUCAGUGCGGGGACGACGGUGCCUUCUAGUACUGCCGAAGUACUCUUUGACUUUUCAUAUUUUAUCGCCCCGGGCGGGCGGGAUCCAAAGAUGACCGCGUCGGGGCCGGCUAGACUUCCGUUGUUGAUUUUUAUUUUUAGCGCUCCGCUCGCGGGCCGCGGUCGACGCCGCGCGGCGAACGAUAGUACAAAGAGUAUAUUGAAUAUAAACGUAAGUUUAACUCGUGGACCAGACGGAAUGAAUUAGCCCCGAUAGAUAUUUAUUUAUGCGUAUUUCCGGCCGGUAUCGUCCUGCAUUUAUCUUUAAGCGUGUGAAAAUUAAAUUUUCACCCCCGAGGCUCCGCGUCCCCUCCGAACCUUACGAAGCGUGAGUCAGAUAUAUAGUUCCCCCGUUAUUUUCGAGAUGUCGCGCCGGGGGAACCUUGCGCAAUGAUAUAUAUUUACCCUUUAAUUAUAAUAGUGAAAUUAUGCAUACUAUACCAAGAGUGCUUUUCUCAAAAUAAUGUAGUAAGUUUAAUAAGAGUGCUAUAAAUAUUUAUAUAUUUGAAGUGUACAGAGAAAUGUACAGUUUGAAACAAAAUUUUCGUAUUGACAUAAAAAGGCAAUUUUUAGUUUUGAAGUAACUUAGUUAUUGGAGUUGUUAUUCUUUUAGGAAAAGAAUUCUUUUAUGUACUUCCUUCCUAGCUCUAUCCUUUAGAGAUGAGAGUAGCUAGUUUGACUUAAAAUGACAUCUUAUUUUGUUACGGAAUUCUUAUUAAGAUAGACAUGUUAGACAUAUCCAUGUAACUUGUAUUUGUCUUAAUGCGCCUUCCAUAUUAUUACAUAGAAUUGUGUUUUCAGUUAGGACCUAGACCAAUAGAAAAAAAUACGAGGAAUUAUUGGCUUAUUAAGCCACAGUCGCAGUAAAGAGAAAAAAGUAGAAAUUUUUAAUAUAACCAACUUUAACAAUAU